AUGCAGGCAUCAAGAGCAAGGCUUUUCAAGGAAUGCAAGGAGGUUCAGAGGGACAAAGCGGCUGAUCCAGAUAUUCAAUUAGUUUGUGAUGAUUCCAAUAUAUUUAAAUGGACAUCUCUUAUUAAGGGGCCAUCAAAAACACCUUAUGAAGGUAGCAUUUUCCAGCUUGCUUGGAGUCAGAUCCAAGUACUCAAAGUCUUUCCAAUUGGAGAGCAAGUUGACCCUAACUAA